ACAUUACCGAUAAACUUGGCCUCGUAAUGGUGUAAUAUUAGACCAUGUACAUGUGGGCCUCUGGUACCAGACCACGUAUGCGCGUACUGCAUGCAUUCCAGUACCAGCGAGGCAGUCUGGUGCUAAGCCAUUCGUUUACAUCACGCCCAAAAAGCAGCAGGGCUCAGCUAGCCUGGGUUGAGAACGCGUACGUGGACCGGCCGGCCCACUCAGCACGUGUGCUUGGCGUUGAACUUGAAAUCAUGACGGGCCAGCAGAAAUGCCGAGUGGAUGGCUUGCUUGUCGACUACGAUCCACCAGAGUGGGUCCGCGAUCUGGAGAAUGUGCCCAAAUGUCGUUUGAAGCUCGUGCACCCGGACACCCCUAUACAGAGAUGGUACGUGCCAGGUGUUCCAGAUGAUUUUGAGUUGUAUAUCAAAAGGGAUGAUAUGACUGGAUCACAGUUGUCUGGGAACAAGGUGCGUAAGUUGGAGUUUAUUCUGGCAGACGCUGUCUCCAAGGGUUGUUCCACCAUCAUCAGCUGCGGUGGGAUCCAGUCAAACCACAGUCGAGCCACCUGCAUCUCUGCCCGGCAACUCGGCCUCAAGACGCACCUGCUCCUGAAGAACACAGAGCUCGAUCCAGAAAAGGUACCAUAUCAAGGGAACGUCUUACUGGACCGUCUUGUCGGCGCUCAGAUCCACCUUGUCCCAAUUGAUGCCACUUACGGCAAAGAGAUCCAGGAACGAGCCGAUAUUCUCAUGAAGAAGCUCAGGGAUGAGAAAGGCGAGAAGCCAUAUUUUGUACCUUGCGGAGGCUCCAAUUCCCUGGGGCUGUUUGGCUACGUCCAGUCAUUCCAAGAACUAUUGAAACAGGAAGCCCCAGAGAAGUUCACCGAUAUAGCAGUGGCUGUCGGCAGUGGUGGAACCAUCGCAGGACUGAGCAUGUCUAAUUACCUGGCCAAAUCUAACUUGAAAAUCCAUGGCAUGGCUGUCGGAGACAAUGCCAAGUUUUUCCACUCAGAGUGCAACCGAAUUUUGGCCGGCGUAGGGUGGGGCAAGCGACAUCCCACGGUGCAGUCGGAGGACCUGUGCGAGAUACACGACGGCUCGGUGGGGCGGGGCUAUGCGCUGUCCACCCCCGAGGAGCUCGAAUUCAUCUUUGACGUUGCCGCAACAACCGGCAUCAUCCUUGACCCGGUGUAUACUGGGAAGGCAGCGUUUUACCUGAUCAAGAUGAUGAAGGAGAGACCGGAGGCCUUCCGCGGGAAGAAAAUUCUCUUCAUUCACACAGGAGGCAUCUUCAGUGUGUUUGAGGGGAGACUGGAGAGUCUUAUACAGAAGAGGCGCACAGUUAACAAGGUUGACAGCUGGGCCAACGUGGAUGACCCCCCAGAAUUGUAGCUUCCAUCUGGAGCUCCUUAACCUCCGUCUCACUACUAAAUCCCUUCCUUUUCUUGAGUUGCUAAGGACAGACGUUGGUUUUCAGUGGUGUCCAGCUCUUGACAGGGGCUUUGAUGCUGCAUUUUUGGGCUUCCAUUCACCAACUCGGUCGGUGUGUGAGAUGACGCUUGAAUCAACGCUCCUGUUUAUCAGUCGGACUGAUUUGGUGUCAUUUGUUACACUUGUCCGACUUGUAUUCCGUGUCUUGUGGUGUUUGGGAAAUAAACCAGAUUGAGAAUUCAAACCACGAGGCUCCUACUUUGUCGGUGUACUUCAAAUUAAAGUUACCCCAGAACCUGGACGUGUAUGAGCCAGCACACGAUGUGUGAGUCAACGUAUGGCUGCACUGAUAGGACAGACUACUGCGCACGCGCGUACGUUGCUGUUCCUGAACAAACUUGUACUGG